GUGUAUCUCGGCAUAUCGGUUGUUCUUAGAUAAGAUAGCAACAUUGUUUGCGAAGCCAACGCUCUCUAUGUGAGCGUCACAUUGUUUUUGAUAUGUCCGAAACUACAGCGCUUUUAAACAAAAAUGGUGCUACUUAUGACUCGAUGAAAGUCAACAACAACUACUAUCACUGUCACGAUGAAAUUAGCAGAGAAAAUCUGGCUAAGUCAAAAAAGGCUAUCCGAAUUCUGUGGAUUUCUCUCAUAAUUUGCCUCUUCUUCAUGACAUGUGAGGUUAUCGGAGGAUUUUGGGCCAACUCUUUGGCUAUCGUCACCGAUGCUGCGCAUUUGCUUACUGACUUCGCAUCUAUGUUGAUAUCAUUGUUUUCUAUCUAUAUCGCAACAAAGAAACCCUCACAGCGUAUGAGCUUCGGAUUUUACAGAGCUGAGGUUCUGGGAGCAUUCUUUUCUGUAUUUUUGAUAUGGAUAGUAACUGGUGUGCUGGUUGUGAUGGCAGUAAGACGAAUGAUACACAAGGAUUACGAAAUUGAUGCUACAAUAAUGGCUAUAACUGCUUCAAUAGGAGUGGGCGUGAAUAUGAUAAUGGGUAUUCUUCUAUACUUUGGUGGUCAUUCACACUCGCAUAGCGGUGGCCACAGUCACGAAAUUCGUGUGGCUAACGCAGAGCAUGGUAAAGCUUCGAAUGAUGAACCAAACAUCAAUGUUAGAGCCGCUUUCAUCCACGUAUUGGGCGAUCUUAUUCAGAGUGUCGGCGUUCUAAUCGCAGCACUCAUUAUAUAUUUUCGAGCAAACCUAGCCAUCAUGGAUCCUAUAUGCACACUCAUCUUCUCUGUAAUUGUGCUUUGCACAACUAUUUACAUUUUGAAGGACGCUAUGGUGGUUUUGCUUGAAGGUAGACCCAAUAACAUCGACUUCACCAACGUCUUUUCUUCUCUCGAGCAUAUUAAUGGUGUGAAAAAAGUGCAUGAUUUGCGAAUAUGGGCUCUAACAAUGGAUAAGCUAGCUGUUUCCGUACAUCUGGAGGUGGCCGAGCCGGAAAUUGCACAGUCGGUUCUACGAGAGACGCGAGCAAUGCUGCAGAAAGUUUACAAUGUUCACGAGAGCACGAUUCAGAUUGAGAACUUUGUUGAGAAAGACUGUGGCCGUUGCGAUGUGCCCGCACAGUAGCCAUAUGCAUGCACCAUGUUUUUCAUCAAAUCCUAAACGCUUUCAUUACUCAUCAACGGGAAUUUUCUAUAGCUCAAGGCAACAUAAAAGCUCU